AUGGUUUCCGUAUAUCAGACCAUCGAUACCAGCCACGAGGAUCUUAUUCACGACGCCCAGCUGAACUACUACGGCACUGUCUUGGCCACCUGCUCCUCUGAUGAGGUCAUCAAGCUUUUUGACAUUACAAACAAAAAGCAGACGCAGAUCGCGGAACUGCGUGGGUGA